AACAGGUCUGACCAGAUGCGAAGCUUUCUCAUGUGAUAGGCCCCCUACCAAUCAUGCACCACUGUUCUUAGAUGCCUGGGGCUCUUUUAAAGAGCGAUUGAGGGGAAUUUGUUGAGCACUGCAGGUGUGUUUGGGUCAGCAGAAGAGCAAAGAAGGCAGAAGGUUGCUGAAGAUGGCCAAAGGAGAGACUGGUGUGCGAUGUUUCCAAGCCUUGCUCAUCGUGGGCAAUGUCAUUAUCGGGCUCUGUGGCCUCGCCCUGAUGGCAGAGUGCAUAUUCUUUGUGUCAGAUCAAAAUUCAUUGUAUCCUCUGCUGGAAGCUACUGACAAUGAUGACAUCUAUGGUGCUGCCUGGAUUGGGAUCUUCACUGGCUUUAGUUUCUUCUGCCUGUCUAUACUUGGUAUUGUUGGAGUCUUGAAGUCAAACAGAACAAUGCUGUUGGUGUAUAUCUGCUUGAUGCUGAUUGUCUUUGCCUUUGAAGUGGCCUCGAGCAUCACAGCAGCCGUGCACAGAGACUUUCUUACUCCCAACCUUUUCUUGAAACAAAUGCUUGGAAAAUACCAGAAUCCAGAGCCAGCCAACAAUGAUGACAACUGGAAGAGUGCGGGUGUUACCAGGACAUGGAACCGUCUCAUGUUGGAGAAUAAAUGUUGUGGUGUGAAUGGGCCAUCAGACUGGCAGACCUAUACCUCUGUCUUCAGGACUGUGAAUAAUGAUGCAGAUUUUCCCUGGCCCCAUCGGUGCUGUGUCAUGGAUACCCUAGGCAAAGCGAUCAACUUGGAUGGCUGCAAAUUAGGAGUGUCUGGCUAUUUUCACAACACGGGCUGCUAUGAAACUAUUGCUGGCCCAUUGAACAGACACGCCUGGGGUGUUGCCUGGUUUGGCUUUGCUAUUCUCUGCUGGACUACUUGUGUCCUCCUUCUCACCAUGUUCUACUGGAGCAGAAUUGAAUAUUAAAAGAGCUGCUGUCCACCAACCCGUCCUCUUUGGAAUCUACAAAUUAGUUAUUUUUAACGAGAUGUGUGUUGCCACUAUUUCUUUUAUGGAGAGACUCUGAAGAUCACUCCUUAAUCCGUCUCUCCUCAGUGGUGACCUCUUUCCAAACUCCUUCCUUUUGAAUAUAGCAAACUAGUAUCUGCAGAGGAGCAGAGCGAUGGGUGGUAAAAAGGGGCAGCUUCCUUAAUGCUCUGACAACUUGUGUUCAACAUCAUUAGAUGGGUAUGCAAUGCCGAGAGGUAACAGUAUGGAGCAAAUUACCCCAAACACAUCAACCAAUUUGAAGGAGCAAGUAUGUUAUGUUUUCAAAACUCCAUCAGAAAUAUUACUGAAAGAAUUUCCCUCUGCUUUGUAAGCAUAUGUUAACAUUUCUUCACAGAGGUUAAAAAAACACUUUACUGUGUUUCAACUCUCUUUUUUUUUGGUGGGAGAGAUGUAAGUGGAACUAGUAAAUAUGGCUAGUCAAUAGUUUUGAUCCAUUAACUACAUAUGUGACACCUGAAUUACCCAUGACUACCUCUUUUAUUGGAUCAGAGGUAACUUAGCAAUGGUAUGCACACCAACCCAUGGAACUGGGCCCAACCCUUAUUCUGUUUGAGUGACUAGCUCAGCAGAACCAUUUAAGCAACAGACCGUAGUAGCAGAAAAACUGUAUUGGCAAAACCGCUAACUGGAUCAUUUUAUUCCUCUGUUCCUAAAGUGAUCAGAAUUCAACGGAAGACCAAAUAAUUGUUUACUAUUGUUUACUAUUGUAACCAGCCACUUACAUAAGAAAUCUUUUUUAAAAAAACAUGGCCCAGUGUUUGAUAUUUUGUGUGCUUUUUCAUGGUAUUUUGUGUAUAUUUGUUGUGAAAUUUUGCGUUCAUUGUCUUAAAGUUACAUACAACUUUUUCCCCCUGAUGGGUUCAACUAGAUAAGAGCCUGCUCAGCUGCAGAGCCUUCUCAGAUCUUCAAAGACUUUAUUGCUCUUUAAACGAAGCAUCCGAGCGCUAAUUUAGAUGGUGCUAGGAAGUGAGAAUUUGGAUGGGUAAUUCUUCUCCCCCAUACUGUUUCCUAUCCCUGGUGCCCUAACUAGGAGGGCCCAAUUUAUGUUAAUUUGAUAUCUAAAAAGGCCAAUAUACCUCAAGGCGCUUACAAGAAAUGCGGAAGCCAAGUCACUGUCUAUCACAGCCCUGAUUCAAAUCCAGGACCCCAGUAGCUACUUUAAAGGAGAAUUAAAGACACAUCUUCACAGUCUCAUUUGGUUGUACGCUCUGUGAACCUUGUGCCAGGGUCAGUUCCAGGUUUGAAGGGGCCUUGGGCAGACAGUGCCCAGAGAACCCUGUUUGCCUACAAGCAGGCCUCAUACUUUUCCACCUCCACGUGUUCCCCAUCCUCUCACUUUCAUAAGCCCCUUUCACUGUGCAUGUUCUGUUGCCUGCAACAUCUGUGCACCCUUUCCCCAAACGUACUAGCUGGUGUAUGCCGCUGGAGUGCUGCUGUCAUGGCUACCACCAGCAUCACCUCUGUGUCCUAGCUGUGAGCAUGGAAGGCAAAGCAAACAGACUGAGAAGGGCAUGCAGACCCGAGAAAGGGGAGGUGUGCAGGUGUGAGAUCACCAGCAGUCUGUUCCGCCAGGAGCCAUGGGCACUGGUAUUCGUCCCACCUCAAGGUAUUCAGACACCAGCCUUGCCCUGAGUACCAUGAACACGCCACCUGCUCUGUUUAAGGGUUCCUCUGUAUUCGUUGUUCAAUCAUUAACAAUAAAGUGGAGUUUUGUACAAGAAAGAAA